GUUAUAAUUUCAGAUAUGUUGUAUUGUGUCUUAGUUUUAAUGGAAGUGCUUGUACUGUGUUUUGAUACAAGUCUGAAUGCAUUCUUAGCAGUCAGAGUGUUAAUCUCUUUAUUUGUUGUCUUUCAGAUCAGCAACAUGAGUCUGUACCCGUCAUUAGAGGAUAUGAAGGUGGACCAAAUGGGCAGAGCACAGGCCCAGAUGGUGAGCGAAAUGAUGUCAGCACAGGCGGGAAAUAAUCCGACAGCGCCACCUGCCAUCUCCUCUGGAUAUGCUGCACCUCCCUACCCGCUGCACCCACAAGAAGCUGCGAAGUCACAGAAUACCUUGGCCCAUCUGUACCCUUCCCUGGGAGAUUACAUGGGCCUAGAAUUCACCGAUGAGGUCAUUGCCGCAAACAUGCCAGAGUAUUUGGCCGUCUCGCAAGUGCAGCCUGGGACUGUGGCUGUGGCCCCAGCCUCAGGACCAGUCUCAGUGGUGCCCUCAGGCAUGGUGGCUCCAAUCUCUGGUGCGUCACCUGGACUUUACCGAGCUCAGGUUACUAAUUCCAUCCGAGAGGUAGAUCACCUCUGUAAGGACAGCGACGGUAAGGUAGGCAUGCGUGUCAAGGCGAUCAACAAGGGGGUGUUCGUGUGCCUGGUGAAGAAGAACUCGCCAGCAGCUCUUGCAGGACUGCGUUUCGGAGACCAGAUCUUGCAGAUCAACAGCGAAAAUGUGGCUGGGUAUUCCAUGGAAAAAGUACAUGACAUGCUGAAGAAGAGUCCUACAAAUGGUAUUUCCCUCGCCAUUAGAGACAGGCCAUUCGAGAGAACUGUGACCUUACACAAGGACAGCACAGGUCACAUUGGGUUCCAGUUCCGUGAUGGAGAGAUCACUGCCCUCGUCAAGGAUUCCUCAGCCGCGCGAAAUGGGCUUCUCACAGACCACCAUCUGCUGGAGGUGAAUGGGCAGAAUGUAGUGGGGCUGAAGGACAAGGAAGUCUCUGCCAUAAUCAACGAGUGCGGGCAGGUGGUCACAGUGACGAUCAUGCCGUCCUUCGUCUACAAGCACAUGAUGAAGCACAUGCCUCACGCUGAAGAAUUCAUGGACCACUCCAUUCCCGACCUGUAAAAAGGGUGGGGAGCA